AUGAGACCCAAUUUAAUAUGGGCUUCGCUGCUAGGAACUCUAUUCUUCAACUCUGUUAGUGCUAAUGGGCCUUCCUGGAGGGACGAUGAUUCGAAAAACACGAAUGUCGGCAAGUUCUCAAACAACCACCACGAAGGAGACUACGGACAUCAAGAGGACAACCAUCAAGAUCCAUUACACCUUGUCGGCUCAAACAUUGUACCUGCAGUAGUCAGCAACAAUGUCCGUCACGUAACUCUUACAGUGUCGUAUGGAAAAGUCUCGCCAGACGGUUUCUUGGUUGAUGGUAUAUUGGUCAAUGGACAGUUCCCAGCCCCUGCUAUUGUGGCUUAUGAAGGCGAGACUCUACAAGUAACGGUGGUCAAUAGACUUGGGAGCGGUAAGCCUACUACUAUGCACUGGCAUGGCCUCUUCCAAAACGGAACUCAAAUCAACGAUGGAGUCAGUUUCGUUACUCAAUGUCCUAUUGUGGACGGUCAUCAAUACACCUAUACGAUGUACUUGAAGCAAAGUGGAACAUUUUGGUACCAUUCUCACUACAGGACCCAGUAUGGAGAAGGACAACGUGGAGCAAUCGUCAUCUUGCCUAAAACUUACAGCAAAGUACAAAAAGGCAGUCACGAUGCUCUUAUUACUUUAUCAGAUUGGUACCAUGGCAAUGGUGACGUUCUCUUCAACAACCUCUUUAAUCUCUCAAGCCCCAUUAACGGAAUCCCACCCACCCCGGACUCUGUUUUGAUCAACGGUCGUGGUCAAGGAAACUGUAGCUCUCUAGUGGCUGCUAAUCUUGAGCCAAACACCACUGUCUGUGGAAGUGAUCUGUAUUCUACGUUGGAUUUUGCCUCAGACAAGAAAUACUGGGUGCGAGUUAUCAACAUGGCUGCGUUUUCUGGAUUUGUCUUCCAAAUUCCGGGUGUUAAACUUUACGUUGUUGAAACCGAUGGUGUUGAGACUGUGCCUACGCCAGUGGAUCAGAUCUUUAUUGAACCUGGACAACGUGUUUCAUUCGUCGUCGACGCCCACACUCUCUCCUCAGGACUCUUCACCAUGCAAGCCUUGACCCAGUUCCGUUUUGCUUUCCCUGACGUCAGUUUGAAAGCGAUUAACCUUGGAUACAUCCGAGUUGAUGGCUCAAACACACCAGCAAUCCAAGUUCCAGUCAAUGCCAAUGACACCUUGCAACUAUAUGGAUCUGGUUUCGUGCAAAACGUCAACAAGACUGUCGUCGGUUGGGCUCCUCCAACUGAAGGAAGUGUUCCAGAAAUCACGGACAUGACUCCAAGCACGAGGCUCUUGUAUGAAUUCCAAUUUGCAAACGACAAUGCUACCGGACAGCGAUACAACUUUGCUUCAGUCUACCAAUACAUUGAUGACGAAAUAGUUGGUCUAUUUGGUGGAUCUACAUGGAACCCCGACAACGUCACUGCGCUCGAAUAUGCAGUAGCUGGUGCUAAAAGCAACAACCUUGUCUCCCCUACUAACAAGGCAAACUUCCCAAGAGGGUGGAAUGCUAUUGCGACUCCUGGUGGAGAUGUAGUUGAAUUAACUUGGAUCAAUAUCCUCGCACCAAUUCCAAUCGAUCACCCGCUUCAUUUACACGGACACAACUUUUGGGUCGUGGGAUCCGGUAACUUACAAGUCGAUGCUACAGGACAGACAAUAUUGCCCACUCUUGCCGAUAUCGAAUCUGGUAUCACGAAUUUGACCAAGGGUGCAACAAACACACCACUUCGAGAUGUAGCUACCGUCAAUGGAGGUACAUGGCUAACUGUACGAUAUGUUGCCAACAACCCAGGAGUCUGGGCUUCCCACUGUCACUUCGACUGGCAUUUGAAUUUGGGGUUCGCAGUCUACCUAGUUGAGGCCCAAGAAAAAUUGGCUGACCUGGAGUUCCCACAUGCUUGGAAACAAGUUUGUGCUGAUGCUCGUGCACAAGGCGUCAUGCCAUUAGGAAACACGACCAGAAUCGGUGUGAAUGUUACGACAUUCUAG